CAAGUUUGAAGACCUCUGCACUAUCCUUGCACGUGCUCUGGAUUUUUCCCCGGGGAAACUGCGCAUGCGCCUUCUGACUGGCUGCCCGCUUCGUCUGGCCGAGCCGAGCCUUCUAUUCCCACGCAUGCGCGACUCGGAGGCGUGGCUCCUCCGCCCCCCCCCCCCCAGCGCUUUCUUCGCCUUUGCGCAGGCGUGCUCCUUCUUCGGCGGGUUUCAUGUUCGCCGGGCGUUCAGUCGGGCAGGCGGCGUCCGCGGAGCCAUGACGCGCCUUCUUCUCCUCUUGCUGCUGAAUUGGGAGGCCGGAUUCUCCUCCUGCCCUCCUGAGAGCUUCCAGUGCCAAGAGGGGGGACGGGUGCCGCUGUGCCUCCGCCAAGAGAGGCAGCCCGGCUGCCAGGACCACACAGACGGCUGCGCAAGCGUCUGCAGGAAUCACACUUGCCGUUGCGGCCACAGCAGCGGGCCCUGCCUGCCCUUCGAGCAGUUUUGUGACCAGCGCCAGGAUUGCCCCGAUGGCUCGGACGAGGCCGUGUCCCUUUGCGCAUCCCGGGGGGCCCCGUCCGAGGAGGACGGCUGCGAAAGCGACGAGUUCCGGUGCCGCCCGGGGGCCGAGUGCUUCCCGCUGUCUUUCAAGUGCGACGGCCACCCGGACUGCGAAGACGGAGCCGACGAAGAGAGCUGCGGCACGGAUUCGCCCGAGACUCCAAGGACCUCGCAGAUAACCCCAAAAGAAACUGCAGCCUUGGAGCCGUUGACCAUCACUGCCAUUGUCGCACUCCUGAUGACCAUCGUGGCUGCAGCAGCCGUCAGCCUGUGGGCCUCUAGGAAAGCCAAGCCCCUCCUUGCCCGGCUGCCCCCCAAAGCAGCCUUUAAGCAGCUAAUCCUAGUCGAGCGCCCUUGAGAUUGGCUGGCCAGCCAGGAAGUUGCCCCACUUGCUCCCUUCAAGCGAGGGGACUCCGUCACCCGACCCUCCCAGGAACCCCGGGCAAAAAUCCACGGACCUGGAAAAUUCUGGCGACCCAGCUGGGACUCCUAGCAGGAACCGAGACACAAAAGCCACAUGGCUUGCAAGACCGUCGACAUCCGCCUGCUCUGGAGCGGGAAUUAAAAGACGUUGAAUAUUUACAAUAUUA